CUACAUCAUUCUCUCUGAUCCCAGCAACAGUUGCUUCAGAGAUCCAAAGAGCCACCAGAUAGCGCCGACAGACAUUCCAACGCCGCCCACAAACGUUACACAGCAAAUAAUCCUACGACAUGGCGUCUCGAAAGAAGGUUCUGCUCAAGAUAAUUAUCCUCGGCGACUCAGGUGUGGGCAAGACGAGCUUGAUGAACCAAUAUGUCAACAAGAAGUUCUCGGCGAGUUACAAGGCAACCAUCGGUGCUGAUUUCCUCACCAAAGAAGUCCUAGUAGACGAUCGCGUUGUGACGAUGCAGAUCUGGGACACAGCUGGACAAGAACGGUUCCAGUCACUCGGUGUUGCCUUUUACAGAGGCGCUGACUGCUGCGUGCUUGUCUACGACGUGAACAACUCAAAGAGCUUUGAGACGUUAGACAGCUGGCGCGACGAGUUCUUAAUACAGGCGAGCCCUAUGGAUCCAGAGACGUUUCCAUUUGUUGUUCUAGGCAACAAGGUGGAUGUAGAUGAAUCGAAGCGAGUGAUCUCUGCUAAAAGAGCCAUGGCUUUCUGUAACUCAAAAGGCGGCAUACCAUAUUUUGAGACGAGUGCGAAAGAAGCAAUCAACGUAGAACAGGCAUUCGAAGUAAUCGCACGGCAGGCUCUUGCACAGGAAGAGGCGGGCGACUUUAGCAACGACUACCCUGAGCCGAUCAAUAUUCGUGCAGAACAUGAGAACGACAGUUGUGCUUGCUAGGAAGAAGCACUGCAACUCAGCAGUGUCUUGACAUUUGGAUAAUAGCAAGGUUUGGUGGUUCCAACAAUCAGCCAUCCGCGUUCACGAUGUUGUACCAAUCAAGGGGCGCAUAUAUCAACGGUGUAGUCGACAUUGCUGCUGAAGUCCACCUGCGAUGCAGCCUAGAUUGGUUGGGGUUCUUGCGUGUACAUAAGGAUUCUUUAUUUCCACCACAUUUCAGAUACCACAUACGGAGUUUCAGGCUUUCACUGAAGGGUUUCGGAUCCACCGGAAGAGGUGAGAUUUUGUGUUGCUGUAGAGUCGCAAUCUGAAGCUUCGCCGCAUUGCAGGUCCAAACAACGAAAUGCUCUCGAGCUUAUAGAUUUUUGUCUCAACCUGUAUUCAAACGAAAAUUAUGACUAUGUUAGCAUGCAAUCAUGGUCCAUGGUUGCUGCUGCGCACAACACGCGCGCAUUGAAUGUAGCAUCGAG